AAAACCAAAGGAUAAACAAAAGAUACGAAUAAAAGGGACAAAAAAAAGCCGAAAGAGGAAAAGGAAAAAGAUAGGCAAGUAGUGUAGCAAGGAGAAGUUUUAGUCAAGAAAAACAAAAUCAAGUGUUCACCAAUUGAAGUUGAAAUGCGAGGAGAUCGCGUGAUUUUGAAGGCUGUUAUCAACAACAUAGUUUUCAGGGCUUUCAGUUCUUCUUCAAUUCAAUCAUCACUUUCAAAUCAAUUUGGUAGACUCAAGCAUCUGGGUUUUGAUCUUCCUGAUGUCUGGCCUCCUGCAACCUGUUCUCAACCUUCCAUUACACCUUACUCAGUUGAUGGGCCGAGUGCUGAAAUCAUUGAUGGGAAGUCUAUUGCCGCUAAAAUUAAGUCACAAGUAGCUAGCGAAAUUUUAAAGAUGAAAGAUGCGGUUGGGAAGCAACCUGGUUUGGCUGUUGUUUUGGUAGGUGAAAGAAGUGAUUCUCACACUUUUGUCCGCACCAAGAUGAAGGCUUGUGAUGAAGUUGGGAUUUCUUCGUCUGUGAUUGAACUGCAUGCUGACUGUACAGAGGAUGAAGUCUUUCAUGUUGUUUCGAAUCUUAAUAAAGACCCAUUGAUCCACGGUGUCCUUGUGCAGCUUCCUCUUCCAAAACAUUUGGAUGAGGAGAAGAUUCUGAAUGUUGUUAAUCCUGAAAAGGAUGUCGAUGGUUUUCAUCCCUUCAAUAUGGGAAGUCUUGCAAUGAAAGGAAGGGAGCCCUUUUUUAUUCCAUGCGCAGCCAAAAGUUGCAUUGAUUUAUUGUUAAGGUCUGGUGUUGAAAUCGCGGGAAAGAAUGCAGUUGUGAUUGGGCGAAGCAAACUUGUUGGAUUGCCUGUUUCAUUAUUGCUGCAGAGGCACCAUGCCACAGUGAGUGUUGUGCAUUCAUUCACCAAGAACGCACAAGAAUUAACUCGUGAGGCAGAUAUAAUCAUCACAGAUGUAGGUGUGCCCAACAUGAUUCGAGGCAAUUGGUUAAGAUCAGGUGCUGUUGUUAUUGAUGCAGGAACCAAUGCAGUUAAGGACCCAAGUAGGAAAAAUGGGUUCCACUUAACCGGUGAUGUAUGCUUUGAAGAAGCUGUAAGGGUGGCAUCUGCUAUUACCCCUGUUCCGGGAGGUUUGGGGCCUGUAACAAUCUCCAUGCUGCUCUCGAAUACUCUUGAUUCUGCUAAACGCGCUUAUGAUUUUGUCUAAGGUUUGAUUGGAAUCAAUAAUACUUGUUUGGUUCUCUCAAGCGGCUGUAGAGUAUAAAGCUUAAAGUGGCAGUAGCGUAUCCUGUAAACUAAUCCUGCUGAGGAGUCGAAUUGGACAUUUAACUAAUCCUGCGAGGAUUCAGAACAUAGAUUAUGUGUAGUGAUCCAGUAGUACGAAGCCUGGCAUAAGAAUCAUCAUGCAAAGUUUUACAGUUGACAUAAAGAAGAUUAAGAACCCUCAAGCAAAGGUUUAACAGAUGACAUCCUGAGUUUUUCGAAGUACAUAUGGUUACAGUCUCAUCAAUCAGUGCCAUUACAUUAAGUUGGUCUUGUAUGGAGGAAUCAUAUCAUGUUAACUCAUUGCUCAUAGCUUCUUUUUUGUUUUCCUGUUCUUUGUUGCAAUCAUAUCACGUUAACUAAUUGCUCAUAGCUUACUGUUUUGCUUUCAUGUUCUUUGUUUUAUUCAUAUCCGUAACAACUGUGUAAGGACGAUUACUCCCUAUUUUUGGUGCCUAGUCAUUCAAUGGUUCUGACCUCUCCUUGUCAAUUCGGUUCUAA